AAAAAGCGUUGCAGAGUUUAUUAGAAUCCCUGACUUGUCCACCCUACACGCCAACUCAGCACUUAGAGCGAGAGCAAGCCCUAGCAAAGCAGUUUGCAGAGAUCUUGCAUUUUACUCUCCGCUUUGAUGAACUUAAGAUGAGAAACCCAGCAAUUCAAAAUGACUUUAGCUAUUAUAGAAGGACAUUAAGUCGCAACAGAAUAAACAACAUGCAUAGAAUACAGAACUAGAUUCACCAGCGAAGAAACCCUCAUGUUCUGCAUGAGAGUAAUGGUUGGGGUAAUUAUUCUCUACGACCAUGUUCAUCCAGUGGGAGCUUUCUCAAAGGCUUCAAAAAUAGAUAUGAAGGGUUGCGUAAAGGUUUUAAGAGAACAGCCACCAGACACUGUUGAAGGGCUUUUGAAUGCUCUCAGGUUCACCACAAAACACCUGAAUGAUGAAUCCACUUCGAAGCAAGUUCGAGCGAUGCUUCAGUAAUGCCCCUCCCUCUUUGAGAAAUGGACUUUUAAAUUAUUUAGAGAAGGUGUUUGUUUACAUAAUUUAAUAGUUUGUGGUGGUGUUAGUAAAGAUGCAUAAUUUACACGAUAUAACAAUUGAUUUCUUCCCGUUGCUGCAGUGUGUGUGGAUCUGUAUCAAUAACAUGACUGACUUCGUAAUUGCACGACAUCCGUUUAUGUGCUUGUAUUACCAUUCAAAAAGUUUGAAGAGGUACCUUUUAAUUUGAAUAUAUAAAUAAUGAAAGUGUCUGUGUGCCUUUGUUUUUUGUUUGUGUUAAGAGGGUUGUGUUUUGGGGAGAGGUGUUGUGUGUGUGUGUGUGUGUGUGUGUGUGUGUGUGUGUGGCUGUAUGCAGAAUAACUCUUUGGGAUAAUCUCUUAACAGUCAUAAUUCUUGACGGUGUGCCUGUGAAGAUCUUGGUGCAACACCCACCCACCCCUUCUUGGUCUCCACGUUCAUUUAACUUUUGCAACACCGAGGGCAUGUGUUGUGUGGAGCAAGGAGUAUGUUCCAGUUACCCAGUUCUUUCCGAGACUGGUAGACUCCUUUUCUAACAAAUUUAGCAGGGUUUUCACCAAGGCCUGCACAUGUAUAUACAAUAAUUUUGUUAAGUUUUUAAAUUUAUAUGCGUAAUGCUUGCCUUGUGCCUUUAGGCAGAUCAGUGAGCUAUGAAUUAUGGAUGUAAACUAACGCCAGCCGAGUUUUGAUGUAGAACUCUCAGCUUAUUAAGCCAAGAUAGAAUAUGUGUAAGAAUUGCACCCUUGCAUUCUCUCAUUGUACUACCUUCUCUUUCUUUUCAUUGUGAACCAUAAACAGUGCUUCAUGGAUUAAUUAGCCAUACUUUCUUAUCCUGUCCAUACCUGGAAAUUUUCCUUCCUAGUAUCAGAAGAAGCCCCAAGUCUUAAAACAGACUUCCAACUGGAGGAGAGAAGGAACAGUGCAAGGACUUAUAUGCAGCACAAGGCCUGUGCAUCUCUUGACUCAGUAACGCAAGACACAUGUCCGUUCAAACCAAGCCAGAAUGCAGGACUGUGCAGAAACCUAAUGAGAGACAAUGCUGUUGUGUAGAAUAUUGCCUGUGUCUAUGUAUGCUUGUGACCAUACCAACAGCA